CGUAAAAAUCCUUCGACUCACAAUUUAGUGAACUAGAAAUAAACGUGAUUCUCAGGCAGAGUAUCGGCAGUGAGAAGUGAAUACGUGUGUGUUUUAAUAAUUAGGUGAUAGACUGAAUAUUUUUGAUAGCGAAGGCUUUAUUUUAAUCCAACAUGAGUUCGUCAAUGCCUCAGAAGCGUUACUACAGACAGCGAGCCCAUUCAAACCCGAUGUCGUUUCACACGUUUGAAUAUCCUGUGUGUCCUGAGGAAAUGGACUGGUCCAAACUGUAUCCAGAGUUCUUUACUGGCAGCCCAUCUGAGAAAGAGACCCCGCGAGUCGAGUUUGCAGACAUUGGAUGCGGCUAUGGGGGGCUUUUAGUGGAAUUAUCACCACUUUUCCCAGACAAGCUCAUCCUGGGCCUGGAGAUUCGGGUCAAAGUGUCUGAUUAUGUUCAGGAUCGUAUCCAAUCACUGCGUGCCUCUGAACCUGGAUGCUACCAGAACAUCGCCUGCCUUCGCAGCAAUGCAAUGAAGUACCUCCCCAACUUCUUUCUUAAAGGACAGCUCAGCAAGAUGUUCUUCCUCUUUCCUGACCCCCACUUUAAGAAAACCAAGCACAAAUGGAGGAUCAUUAGUCCCAGGUUGUUGGCAGAGUAUGCCUACACACUGAGGGUUGGGGGUUUGGUGUAUACAAUCACAGAUGUGGAAGAAGUCCACCUCUGGAUGGUGAAGCAUUUCACUGAACAUCAGCUCUUUACACGUGUCCCAGAUGAAGAACUGGUUGGUGAUGUCAUUAUAAGUCGUCUGGGUACCUGUACAGAGGAAGGAAAGAAAGUGCAGAGAAAUGGAGGGAAGACUUUUCUUGCAGUUUUCCAGAGGAUUGAAGAGUUGAGCUAAAACCAAACAGUUUGGACAUAUAAGAAACUGGAUCAAGUCAUUCAUACAUGAACUGGAUGGACGACGAUACUGCAGUGUAGAUUUUGAGGCCUCAGCUCAUUCUCCCAGCAGACGAGCAGUAAUUUUUUUUUCUGGUAUUAAUGGACAUCAUUACCCACUAGAGGAUUUUUGUUGAAGGUUUUUGUUUGUGUGCAUUUUUUUUUUUUACUAUUUAUUCCUCAUCUCACACAAGACAACACAAAGGAACUAAAUUGUGCAAGAAUCUGCUUGGACUAGACCAGAAGUGUUUUAUGUAUCUUUUACUUUUUGCUUCUUUUAAUGAUGCUCUUCAGUUUCUUUUGCCAAACUUGACAGCGCUGUUUUGGAUUUCCCAAAAAAAGCUGUAAAUUCUCUCAGUAAAACUACUUCCAAUGAAAGUACACUGUUUCUAAAUGGUGUUGACAGCAGGAACAGGUGCACUGAAAGCGGAGAGACUUUGUUUUACCUUGAGGCUGUUAACCCACAUCAGCCUUUAUUAAUCGGUUUUUCAUGUUGCUCUUUAUAACGUGCCCAUGUACAGUAUAUGAAAUAGGUCACAGUCAUUGUAGUUUUUCCUACUCUCUGCAUCGACCCUGAAGCUUUUCAUCUUGAAUAUUACUUCUCUGUAAAAAAUAUACAGAUAAAUAAAGGCAGGGGCUGUGAUAUUGAUUAUACAUUCAUGUGAGUAAAUUCCAGUUCUAGUAACAGAACUUAUACAUUCCUAUACAGACCUAUUCUAAUGUACAUAUGGGCCUGGGAAUAUUGCUUUAAGACCAACUUGAAAAAUCCCAACUUUAGUCCAUGUCCCAGUGAAGAGCAGUUUAGGUUUUACUGAGCAAACUUAUACAGCUGUUUUUUCUAAUCCUACAUCACAAGACACAGCCUUGGACUUUUCUUUUAAUAAUAGUUUGAAAUGACUCAAAUUUUUGUCAGAUGAGCUAACUGUGUGUGACACUCCAUGGCAUUAAUUUGCAGCAUUGGUGGCUGAAUCUGAAAUGGGUUCAAGGAGGAGAAAAACCCAUUGUUCAGUGUUUUUUGUACAGCAUUUUUCAUAAUAAAAAAAGAAAUGGUCUAACAGGCUGAAACAAAGCAGGCACAGAUAUUUGCCUCAGGGAAAUGAUUAAUUCCAAAGUUUUCCCAAAACCACCACACUGUCAUGCAUUAAAACCAACUGCUUUACAUCUUAUUUUUUCUGAAUGGUUUGUAAUUUUGUGCAUACUGUAAAAACAAAAAUUUGUGACUUUAAUUUUAAACGUAAGGUCCAUUUAUUUGGUGUAUUGGAAGUCUUAAUCACAUCUCAUGUUCUUGCAUGACAGCUGCACAGCUGCAUGUGCCAAGUAGGCCCACCAGAUGUGCUUGAAAGCUUCAGAAAGUCCAAGUGAGUAAAUUGUGUGUUAAGUUUUUGCCAAACCUCUUUUCUCAAGGUCAAGAAUAAACCUUUAAGCUCAAAUCUGUGAUGCAUUUCCUCAAGUCUACAUAUACUGUACCUGUGUAAAUACAGGAAGUACUCACAGAAUUUUCUGUGGUGUGAAAAUAUUAACCAGCCCA